AAUACCCAGAACCAGCUGUUGGAGGCGGAGCGACAACUGAGGAUAGUGAGGGAAGAGCGGGAGCAGGAAAAAAGGGAACAACGGGAGCUGUUUGCGCAAUUCAAGCAGUCCGAUGAAGCAAGAAACCAACGGAUAGCCGAGAUGGAGGAACGACUACGACAACAUUUGUCAGUAGCACCUUCCAUCGUUAGUGCUCCCGUAGAUCCUACCGCACCCCAAACGGUUCCUGUUUGCAAUGGCAAGAACCCCGAAAAUGCUGGCCCCCAAACAUCAGGGAACGGCAAGCGACCAGUAGGAGGAAAUGGAGGUAAGCAACCGGAGGACGCCGGCCCAGUGCAGGGAAAUAGUGGCAGGCGACCGGUAGGAGCUGCUCCAGUAGGAGGGAAUGGUGGAAAUCAACCUCCCCGAAACCCACCAAGAGGAAACCUUGGGGGAGACCCAGAACCUUCCGACGACGAUGAAGACGAUAACAGUGAAUGGUCGCAUGGUAGGAAGAACUGGAGAAUGAACCGAGGUGGGAACCGGAAUUCAGCGCCACCUGAGGACGAGGACAUGGUAGAUUCGCUCGCCAAAAUACCCUUUGAGUUCGAUAAUGCCAGAAAGCAUAACCUGCGGCAUUGGCUCAUGGAGUGCGAGAUCUAUUUCGAGCAGAAGCCAAAGAAGUUCCGAACGGACAGGAACAAGGUACUGUUCGCUGGAACGUAUACGUAUGGGUUGGCGAAGGAAUGGUUUAUAGAAUACAUCGAAACCAAAAUGUUGGGCCUGGCCGGUGCAGACAACGCCACUUGGAUUCGGUUCCGUCAGGAAGUCAGGAAACGUUUCCUAAGCACUCAGGAAGCUAUGGAAAACGCGAUGAAGAUGCAGCAGUUCAAGUACUCGGCUAACAUUGGCGACUACCUGACGAGGAUGGAGAUAAUGAACCAACAUGCUGAGAUGAAAGGGGCAUCCUACCACGCUGCCUUGCUCCAAGGGCUACCAAAUGAAAUCCGAGAACGCCACUCACGCUUCGAUCCAACCGAUGACGACUCCGAGUAUAUCCAACAGUUGGAACGAGCCGGCAAGGCUCACCAGGCUUAUCAAGAGCAAAUGAAGAUGUUGGGGAAAGUGGUGUCGAGAGGAAAGGAGUCGAAUAAUGGUGGGAACUCGCGGCAGAAAGACAAGGGGUUUAAAAUUAAGGGGAGGGCUCAAGGUGAGGAGAAGGAAAAAGGGCAAGAUAAGAAGAGCACCAGCAAGAACAAGUCAGGAAAUAACCCAAUAUUGCACGACUACCACGAAGCCAUCAAAGGAGUUCCACAGCCAGUCCGGGACCAGCGAAAGACCGAUGGUGUCUGCGUGCGAUGUGGCCGAAAGGGUCAUCUUUGGAAAUGGUGUCGUUCGGAUGCUAACAGCAGUGCAUCUAUCUCCUCUCUCUCCCAAAAGCGUAACCGGGAUGACGAUGGCGACCACGAUAUGGAACCACCGGAACCCCAACCUCAGAGAAAGCGUAUGAGGCAUCGUGCUAGAAAGCCGGCUGCUACGGCUGCUGCGGAAUACACCA